GUUAUUGUGGACGCACACACCACUCCGGCGUGUUGAGGUAAGGUGACAAGAUGGCGGAGUCUCAGGAGGAAACAGUUCGUAAAAGGCAGCGAAUGUCCAAGGUUUGGGAUCAUUUCAUACUUAAAAAAGAAGAUAGAAAAGUGCAAUGUGUCUACUGCAACGUAGACCUUGCGUACCACAACAGCACGACUGUGAUGAUGCAACAUCUGAUCCGAAAGCAUCCCGUUAGCGUUAGCUCAACAAGCAUUGCCUCUGACACAAGCACAUCACAGCGGCCCAUAGACGGCGUUGUUCGCCCAACUCCAUCAUGCACUGUUGAAGAAGCCGACUUGCUAACAGAGAGCAUUUUGAAAAUGCUGGUCACUGAUAUGCACCCAUUGUCCAUGGUGGAGGACAAGGGAUUUAAAAAGAUGAUUUCAGCUUUCAACCCGAACUACAGCAUGCCAUCAAGACUUCAUUUCACAAGUCUAAUGGAGAUGAAGCACCAACAAAUAACAGAGAAAUUGAAAACUGUCCUUCAGGACAUGGAGUGUGUUGCAUUGACCAUUGACAUCUGGACUAGUGAUGCCACAGAGGGUUAUCUCAGGGUGGCCUGUCACUUCUUGGGGGAAGCUUGGGAGAUGAAGUCCUUCUCUCUAACAGCAAUGCCUCUCAAAGAGAGUCACACAGCUGCCAAUAUUGCAGAUUGGCUGGAGGAGACAACUGACAAAUUUCAUAUUCCAUUCCCUAAGGUGAAGGCAGUUAUCCAUAAUAAUGGGGCCGAUGUCGUGGCAGCAGCCGUCAUUUUGAAGGAAAGGCAUGGCUGGGCUUCUGUGAGGUGCUCUGGGCACACACUGAAUUUAGUUGUACAGAGCGCACUUACAAACUGUAAAACCAUUGCUAAUUGUGUGGCUUCUGCGAGAACCCUGGUUGAACACAUCAAGAAGAGUGAACUGGCCUGUACCAAACUUAAAGAGAAGCAGCAACAAAUGGGAAUGCCAACAAUAAUGUUGAUUCGGGAUGUAAGUACGAGGUGGAACAGCACGUAUCGCAUGUUGUCCAGGCUCCUUGGACAAAGAUGGCCCGUGACUGCAGCGCUUUCUGAUCCUGCAGUAAAUUCAAGUGCCGAACACCACCACCCGGAUCUAAAGCCAGAGCAUUGGAACCUCAGUGAGGAGCUGACUCGGGUCCUUGGGCCAUUUGAAAGAGUAACAGAGUUUCUGCAUGGGGAACAAUACGUUACUCUCUCUGCUCUUCCACAGCUAGUCCACAACCUAAAGAAAGUCACACUGAGUUCAACAUUUGAAACUGCCCCAGUAACUGCAUUCCAGGCUCAAGUGGCAGAACAGAUCACAGAGAGGUGGCAAGAACUGUUUUUAUUUCAACCUGAAGCUCCGAACACUGUCGUCCUGGCUGCUGCCUUGGACCCAAGGUUUAGAAAACUGAAGUUCUUGCCUGCUGAAGAUGUGUUUAAGGUCCAAAGUACAAUUCAAUCCAUGGCACUAGCUGUUAAAAAGGAAGAAAGGCGGUUAAAUGAAAGCGGAAAUGAAGCCACCACAACAUUAGAAGGCCGUUCAGCUCCCAAAAAAGAUGGCUCAUUCGUCAACAGUAUACUGGAUUCGUCAUCAGACUCCAACACCAGUGAUGAGGAGGGAAAUGCGCAAAAGGGCAAGUUGCAACUAAUAGGCUGUUUUGGAGCCAAGAACUGGAAUAAAUACCGGGGGCGGUGGGACAGUGGAAUGAAAGUGUACAGCUUUUUCAUAACCUCUAGAUGGCAGCAUACAUUUAUAAAAUUGCCACGGGUUCUUCUUGAAACUGUUCCGUUUCAUCAUGCCUCAUGUGGACAUUCUCUGCAGCCAGCUACAGAAGCGGACCAUCGACUCGGUCUUUGUUCAGGGAAUUACACAGCAAUUCAGACAAUAUACAAAAGAUCAGAGAUUUCCUCCCUACUGUCUGUGGAGAACACAGUGGCGGUGUAUCUUAGCAGGCCAAGAAAUGUUGCACACUGGGCCCAGGUGAUCUACAGAGGUUUGUGACACAAUCGUGACCCAUGCAAGUGAUCAGCCAGUUUCUUGAAGCAGCACUGAACAGUACCAUUGAGGCUUACCCAUUGCUGAACAAGAACAGGCUGAAAACUGAACUGGCUCCAAUAUACAGUAAUGAUGAGUCCAGGAAUUAUAGUGGUGUUGUGGCUCUGUACCAGCUUUUAAAGGAGAACAAUCUUAAAGACAUCAUCUCGGAAACAAUGGCCCUGCUAAAGAUCGUCAUCACUACUUUGAUGACCACAGCUGAAUCUGAGAGGUGUUUCUCAAUACUGAAGAGAAUCAAGACCUUCCUCAUGAACACAAUGUCACAGGAUUGUUUCAAUACACUGGCCAUGCUCUUGAGAAGAAUCUUGUCAAAAAAAAAAACCCUGACUUUAACCAUAGUCAUUGAGAAAUUUGCCUCUCUCAAGGAAAGAUGGGUAAAAUUUAUGUUUAAAAAAAAUGGCAUCGUGUAGUGUUCUAUCAGACUUCUGAACAAAUGACAUCAAAAUCUGUGAACCACGUGCAAUUUUUUUUUUCGUUAUCCUGCUCACUUGAAUAUUUGUACAAUAUUUUUACAACCCACAAUACUUGAAUAGUAGACUCGAAUACUUUACACAUUAUAUGGAUAUUUUCUGCACUAGCUAAACUAUUACUACUGCCAAAGUCAAAUACACUGUCCUUUUUUAAAAUGGUCAGUUUUUAAAUUG